CAUCAGCGUCGCACAAGCGGGUACUGUCGUAAAGUCACAUCGCCUCCUAUAAAGGAGUGAGUCACAUCAAUUGGUCGACUUGUUAUGACAGUGGAAUUGUCUUGCUAUUAGCCAACGUCGCUCCAUAAUGUCAACAGCAGGGCAGGUCAUCAAAUGCAAAGCAGCUGUUGCAUGGGAGUCAGGGAAGCCCCUCUCCAUUGAAGAUGUGGAGGUGGCCCCUCCUAAAGUCCAUGAAGUCCGCAUUAAGAUUGUUGCCACAGGUGUGUGCCACACAGACUGGGAAUACCUGUAUGAGACAGGAAAAGGGAUGAAGUUUAGACCGUUCCCAUUAGUUCUCGGCCACGAAGCAGCAGGAGAAGUGGAGAGUGUUGGUCCAGAAGUCACCGAUUUCUCACCAGGGGACAAAGUUAUUCCUCUUUUUCUGCCACAGUGUCAGCAAUGUGAACGAUGUCUCAGUUCUAAAACAAAUCUUUGCAGAAAGAACUGGGCAAAUACACAAGUGGGUGUAUUGGCUGAUGGCACAAGCAGGAUAUCUUGCAAUGGGCAGCAGGUGUACCAGUUCCUUGGUGUCAGUUCUUUCUCCCAGUAUACCGUAGUUCCCGACACCUCACUUGCAAAGAUAAGAGCCGAUGCACCACUGCACAAAGUGUGCCUACUGGGCUGUGGUGUCUCUACUGGUUAUGGCGCUGCUGUUAACACAGGCAAGGUCGAAAAAGAUUCCUCGUGUGCCGUGUUCGGGCUUGGAGCUGUUGGUCUGGCUGCCAUCAUGGGCUGCCAAAUUUCCAGGGCAAAAAGGAUUAUUGGGGUUGACAUCAACCCUGACAAGUUUGAGAAAGCCAAAAUGUUUGGAGCCACUGAAUUCGUCAACCCCAGAGAGCAUAGCAAGAACAUCCAGGAUGUUCUGGUAGAGAUGACAGACGGAGGGGUGGACUUUGCUUUUGAGUGUGUCGGUAGUCCAGCUGUCAUGACCUCUGCGCUGGAGUCUACAACAGAUGCCUGGGGCCUGUGUGUCAUCGUUGGGUGGACAGAGACAGAGGCAAUGAACGUUGUGGUUGAAAAGAUCCUGAUGGGACGCACAUUGAAGGGGACAUAUUUUGGAGGGUGGAAGAGCGUGCAGGAUGUGCCUAAACUAGUAGACGACUACAUGAACAAGAAGCUGAAGCUGGAUGAGUUUAUCACCCACAAACUCCCACUGGAUCAAAUCAAUAAGGCUUUUGAACUUUUGAAGCUUGGGACAAGCAUCCGUACUGUAAUCAGUCUUUGGCCAGAGAAGGCUAAUCCUGAGAUGGCUUCAUGAGUAAGGGCUUAAGCUGUGGAAAGAGACUACUUGAUAAGAAGAUCAUCGUCAUAAUGAUAUUUUGCAUAAAAUUCAGCAAUUUAUUCUUGAUCUCUGAAGAUUAUGCUCAUUUUCCUAAAAGAUAUUGAUUUUUCCCUGCUUGAAUUUGUAGCAAAUAACCAAAUUGGCCGCUAGAUGGCAGUCUUGUGUCAUGAAAAAGCAUCUGUAUGUGUCCAUGAAUACAAUCUAACUUUAUAAAGACGUUGCUUUUCUAUCUGCAAA